AAUUAAAGGCAGCAAAAGAGGUUCGAACUAUGGCUGGAAGUCUCUAUAGAUUGUCCCUGGAGGAGAUUGGAUCGAUCAGAUCUCUAGAGGGUCCAGGAGCAAUGCUGAGUCUUCUGGACACCUUGAGUGACAGCACCAGUUCCACCACAGCCAAUGACCUGGACCUCAUCUUUCUGAAAGGAAUCAUGGAGAGUCCAGUGUCUCGAGAGCACUACGAAGAGCCAAAGCUGGAGGCGGUGAGGGACAAUAAUUUGGAGUUAGUGCAGGACAUCCUGAGAGACCUCACCACCCUCACAUCUCACAGUCAGGCGGCACACGAGCUCGUCUGCAUCCUCAAAGAGCCUCACUUUCAGUCUUUGCUUGAAACACAUGACUCUGUAGCUUCCAAAAGCUACGAGACUCCGCCUCCCAGCCCCUGUGCGUUCAUGGACCCUGCGUUCAUCAACCAGCCUGUUCCCCCUGAUGCUGUCAGGAUGGUGGGCAUCCGCAAAGUGUCUGGAGAGCACCUGGGUGUGACGUUUCGGGUGGAGGGCGGAGAGCUGGUGAUUGCUCGGAUUCUGCACGGGGGCAUGAUAGAUCAGCAGGGCUUGCUGCAUGUGGGUGACAUCAUCAAAGAGGUGAACGGAAAAGAGGUCGGGAGUGACCCGAAGGUUCUUCAGAAUAUGCUGAAGGAGUCCAACGGGAGCGUGGUCCUCAAAAUCCUCCCCAGUUACCAAGAACCCCACACACCUCGACAGGCCUUUGUAAAGUGUCACUUUGACUAUGACCCCAGUCAUGACAACCUGAUCCCCUGUAAAGAAGCUGGACUCAAAUUUAGCAGUGGAGACAUCCUUCAGAUCUUCAACCAGGAGGACCCUAACUGGUGGCAGGCGUGUCACCUGGAAGGAGGCAGUGCAGGCCUGAUCCCCAGUCAGCUGCUUGAGGAGAAGAGAAAAGCUUUUGUCAAGAGAGACCUGGAGCUCACUAGCACAGGGGCUCUGUGUGCAGGGAUGGGGGGUAAGAAGAAGAAGAAGAUGAUGUACUUGACCACCAAGAACGCUGAGUUCGACCGGCACGAGUUGAGGAUCUACGAGGAAGUGGCCAAGGUGCCGCCAUUCCGCAGGAAGACGCUGGUCCUGAUUGGAGCUCAGGGAGUGGGACGCCGUAGCUUGAAAAAUAAGAUUUUGGUGUCGGACCCGCAUCGUUAUGGAACCACAACACCCUACACAUCUCGUAAACCCAAGGUGGAUGAGAAGGAGGGGCAGAUGUACCUGUUUAUGUCUCGCAGCGAGAUGGAAGCUGACAUUAAAUGUGGCCGGUUUCUGGAGCACGGGGAGUACGAUGCAAACCUGUAUGGCACCAAGAUCGACUCCAUCCAUGAGGUCGUGGACUCCGGCAAGAUUUGCAUUCUGGAUGUCAAUCCGCAGGCACUCAAAGUUCUGCGAACAGCCGAGUUUCUUCCAUAUGUGGUGUUCAUUGAAGCCCCAAACUUUGAGGUUCUGAAAGACAUGAACAGAUCUGCCAUCGAGGCUGGUGUUGUGACUAAACAGAUGACGGACUCAGAACUCAAACGGACGGUGGACGAGAGCGAAAGGAUCCAGAGGGCGUACAGUCACUAUUUUGACCUGAGCAUUGUGAACGAUAACCUUGACGGAGCGUACCGCAGCCUCAAGAGGGCGCUGGACAGACUCAAUACAGACCACCAGUGGGUUCCUGUCAGCUGGGUCUUCUGAGAGCAAUUCACCAGUUGGGUUCUUCUCACAGUGGCUAGAGUCUAGUUACCUGCUGUAAUCUAUAUGAACUUGCCUGUUCUUUAGAUUUUUGCACAGAAAAUCAUGACAAUACAAAGCUAGUUUAUUAUUUUGUAAAAAAAAAAAAAAAAACUGACCUGAUCUGUAUAUCUGUAUUUGUUUUAAAGGAGUUCUGUACAGUGCUGUAUGUUUGUUAUUCCUGUUAGAGUAGGGCUGUAUAUUUGUAUAGAAACUGUAGAAUAUGUAUUAGCACCCUACGUUACAAUGAAGAUAUUCAGAAUCAUGUUGGAUAUAUCAAUGCUAUAUGAUUACGUAGUGUUUUGCAGGGAUUGUUUAGUUUUGAUGUAUUAUUAGCAGAAUUGAAGAGUGUUUUGGCGUGUUUACGGUUGUGUCAUAUUCUCCUGCAUGUUCUGAUUUGUGUCUUUUCUUGUAACAUUUGUUAGUAUAAAAUCGAUUUCGGUUCAAAAAACAACAUAUCUCACAAAAUAUGUCAGUUGAAAUGGAUUAGACUGUGUGCAUUAUAAAAGGUUAAAAUUUUAUUAUUCCAUUCCAAGACUUCUAGAAUACUUCACUGUGACUAAUCAAUCGCAGCGUUCUGCAGUCAUAUAUUUUUCUAUAAUGACUUAAAACUAUAUAAUUGACAGUUGCCCCAGGAAAGUGAUUUCCUACAGAUGUACUAGAUUCACUGUGUCUCUUGUAUCACUCCACACACUCUUUCUUCUCACAUAAUAAA